UUCGAUCCAAAUGCAAAUUAAUUAGUUGUAAUUUUUUUUUUAAUUGAAAUCUAUAGUCUUUUCUUCUUCUUCUUCUUUCUUCUAGUGUUUAGUUUCUUCUACUAUUCAUAAAAUUUAGCAAAAAUAAGUGGUUAUUUUGAUUGGAAUUCUUUGAAGUAUAUACAAUGGGUGAUUCUUCAGCUCAAUACAUCCACUUGGUGCAUCACUUAAUUGAAGAGUGUUUAUUGUUCAACAUGAGCAGAGAGGAAUGCAUGGAAGCACUUUCCAAACAUGCAAAUAUUCAGCCAGUUAUCACAUCCACAGUGUGGAAGGAGUUGGAGAAGGAGAACAAAGAGUUUUUUGAGUCAUACAAGAAAAAAAACAAGGAUGAAGAAUCAACAACAACCAACAAUAAUAAUAAUAUAGAAUCCAAAGUGGAGAUAACAAGACAAAGAAUCCACAAGAUGCUCUUGGAUUCCUCCCUCUCUAAAGACAAACCAUAGCACUAAUUAAUUAUUAAUUAGCUCAUGUUUUUUUUAAUCUUAUUGUGUUCAAAAUAAUAAAUUAGAAAAUAGAUGUAGUAAAAAUAAUUGACAUGUUAUUUGUGUGUUCUUAAGAAAUUCAAUCGAUCUACUCAUUA